AUGGCACCUGUGCCGCCUCCAAACCGCGAUGAAGUCGAAAGGACACUCAAGGCCAUAAUUCAAAACUUCUACAACCUUCUUGUCCAGAGUCUCGAUUACCAAGAAGACAAUAACACCGGCCGUGACGUCCUCAAGCAAGAAUUCGCAAAAAUUCAAUCCAAUCUUCAAACCCUCUUCCGCACUGCCUCCACCAUCGACAUCCACAUCCCCCCCCACAUCGUCAAAUUCGUCGAAGAAGGUCGCAACCCCGACAUCCUGCAACGCCAAUUCGUCGAGCAGGUGCAGAAAUUCAAUCAGAAGCUGAAUGGACGCGCUCAAGCUUAUGCCGACUUUCGAGAUAUACUAGCCAAAGAUCUCCAAGAUGCCUUUCCGGGCAUGAGGGGAAAUCUCGAGCACACGGUGCGGAUGACGGGCGGGCGUGUGCCGUUAAAAGGAGUGAUGGAUGGGGUGAGAUGA